ACAUCUCAUCUGAGCAGCUACCUCGAAGGUCCUGCUUUGGAUGCUCUGCUCGCAGUACUGCAUAAACAAACGCAGUAUCACGCAGUAUUUUCAUCGUCGUAUUUUCACUUAUUUACGUGAGAUUGUGCCUGAAAAUUUAAAAAAUGUCAAGUUACUUUAUUAAAAUUGAAAAACAAAAAGGUGGAGAACAACUCCUCAAGAUUGAUCCUACAAAACUAAAAAUAAUACCAGGUGCAGGUUCUACUGCAACUAUUCCUAAUAACACGACGUCGUCUACGAUAAAUAUAGAAAAACAAGAGAAGCCUGAAUUUGAUAAGAAUUUGGAUCCGUCAUUACUUUCUCAAAAUGUCUUGUGUACACCGUCAAUUUUUCCAAGGCUUUUAUCCGAAUCAACUUCACCAGUAGUCCAAGGUUUGGACAAUUGUAAAGUUUUUCGUUUGGUCGAUUUGAAUACAACGACAACUUCGGGUCCUCAAUCUGCUAUUCCAUCAACGAUAACUUCUGAACUUCCAUUUUUCACUGUUCCAUCAACUGUCACACUUUCACAAAGUUCUACGGAUGAUAUGGAUAAUAUGGGAGGGUCAUGUCCAAAAAAACUAAAAAUGGAAAAAUGUUCAUCAUCAGCGGAAGGUGUUUCUAAAGAAAACUGGACAGAAGCAGAGAUACAGCUUUUACUUGAGCAACGACUCAAUAUGAAUCAUAAAUUUGAAAACCCAAACACACGAAAGACACCAUAUUGGAAUAUAAUAGUUAAAAGUUUUCAAGAAAAGGGUUACAAUGUAAAAGCAAGUGAUUUAAUAAACAAAUGGAAAAAUCUCCAAGUUACUUACAAUCGGAAUGUAAGUAAACUGAAAAGAACGGGCGAAAGUGCUAUUACUUGGAAAUACUUUGAACAAAUGCAUGAAAUUUUUGCGGAGAAGAAAAGUGUAAAUCCUGUAGAAGCAUCACUAGGUUCAACUUUCAAACCAAAGACACUUACCUUGUCAGAGGAUGAAUCAACUGAUGUAUGUAAGGAAAAUAUAGAUGUUAAAGAAAAUAUUUUACCAAAAGAGAGAAAAAGAGAACAAUCAAAGAAAACGCGAUUUCAAGAAGAAAUGUUACAACUCUUGAAAGAACCUCUCGUGAGACGAAAAUGCGAUUGAAAUGUUUUUUCGUGCAUUCUAAAAAUUAUACCGCAAAAAUUUUCAACUU